CAACAAUAUUUCAUUUCUUGCGUCAACAUUUGAACCAUUGAUUUUUUUUCAUAAAACUCCAUUUUGAAACCGAAAAACUUGUUGUGGAACUUCUGUACUCUAGAGUGGGGAUGGAUCUUUGCCCAUUAUCGCGCCCAUCUCCGGCGGCUCUUCUCCGGCAAGGUCAAAGUUCAAAUUUUUUCUCGUGCAAUGCGGGGCCGUCUUUUCCCCACGCAAGAUGCGCUCUGAAUCCCAGCUGCGGUACAGGGGAGGAAACCCAGGUCAAAGGUCGAAUGUUCAUUUUAGGAAUGGGAUUUGUUGGAGAGUUCUUCGCUGCAGCUUUGAAGAGCAAAGGAUGGGCAGUAUCUGGAACUUGUACUAGCGCUGAAAAGAAGAAGAGACUGGACGAAAUGGGACACCACGCAUUUGUCUUUGAUGCCAAAAAUCCAUUACCUGAGGUCCUAGAUGUCAUGAGAUAUCACUCACAUCUUCUCAUAUCAAUUCCACCUGUUCCCGCCAUCGGUGAUCCUAUGCUUCAACAUAAAGAAUUACUAAAUAAUAGUUUGAAAGAUGGCGAUCUCAGGUGGCUCGGCUACUUGUCAUCAACUAGUCUAUAUGGGGACUGUAGUGGUGCAUGGGUAGAUGAAGAGUUUCCAGCAAGGCCUACAAACGAAUCGGCUAGAGCUAGAUUAGCUGCUGAAGAAGGAUGGCUGCAGUUGGGUCUUGAUCUUGAGGUUGCUGCCCAUGUAUUCCGACUUGGUGGUAUCUAUGGCCCUGGCAGAAGUGCUGUUGGUACCAUUCUUAAGCAGGGGAAUCUCUCAAAGAAUCAGGUCAUAAGAUCUUCCAAGCAUUUCAUCUCUCGAGUUCAUGUUGCUGACAUCUGCCAAGCACUCAAUGCCAGCAUCCAGAAUCCAUCUCCGGGUAGGAUAUACAACAUAGUGGAUGAUGAGCCUGCUCCUAGAGAGGAAGUGUUUGGAUUUGCUGAGAGAUUGGUUGAGAAGAAAUGGCCAGACAUGGUCCUCACCAAACAGUGCGAUGAAGAUUCACCAGUUCUGUCCAGUGGAGCUUAUAGAGGAGGCGAAAAGCGAGUUUCAAAUGCCCGGAUGAAAAAAGAACUUGGAGUUGAGCUGAUUUACCCAACAUACAAGUCUGGGCUGGUUAGCAUCAUUGACCAAAUGGCUAUGCCCUGAAUUCUUUCUUCCUCCUGAAGUCGAUUGGGUUCUAUAUGCAUCAAGAAAUGGAAAAGGCUAAAAGUGCCCCCAUGGGAGUAGCCUUUGGGUCACUAUAGCAAGAUCCUCAAGAAAGCUAAGUUGAUCUCUUAACCCUAUUAGCAAUUGAUGCAAAUAGGAGAAAACUGUUCACUUGUUAAUUGCAUAACUAAUUAAGGAGUGGUGCUAGAAUAAAAUCAAGUUUGACAUCGCGGAUGACAACUGUUUGUAAAUUUGCACACACACACUAUAAUCAUCUGCGAAUUGUACUUGUUCCCAUAAGAUUGCAUAAAUUACAAUUAAGGUU